CGACGAGGCGACGCCUUCCUUCGUGUUGAACGGCGACCAAAUCGCGUGCGUGCCGGGAAAAAGUAUACGACAAGAGAAAGCAUGUGACAAGGCUGCCCUCGUGCUCCUUCUCCGUCUCUUCUUCCUUCGUCAGAUCCAGCGCCCCAUCCACGCCGCCGUUGGAGGUUUCUCCGCCGUCUUGCUGUUGUAGGAGGGAGAAAGCAGAGCAUGGGGCUGCGGGGCGCCGAGCCGGCAGCGCUUAGCGGCAGCAUGCCCAGCCUGCCGGGAUUCUUCGGCCGGCAGAGCAGGUACCUGCGCAUGGACGACGUCGCGCUCGCGCCCCCGCCGGAGCACGAGGAGGAACUCGGUGGCGGGGCCGUCCGUGCCGAGCGGCGCCGGAGCAGCACGAGAUACGUCUUCGCCUGCUCCGUCUUCGCCUCCCUCAACUCCGUGCUCCUCGGCUACGAUGUUGGAGUAAUGAGUGGGUGCAUUUUGUUCAUCCAGAGGGACCUCCACAUCACGGAGGUGCAGCAGGAGGUGCUCGUCGGCUGCCUCAGCUUCGUCUCCCUCCUCGGCAGCCUCGCCGGGGGACGGACCGCCGACGCCCUCGGCCGUAAGCGCACCAUCGGGCUCGCCGCCGCGGUCUUCCAGGCCGGGGCCCUCGUCAUGACGCUCGCGCCGUCCUUCCGCGUGCUCAUUGCCGGCAGGCUCCUCGCCGGCAUCGGCAUCGGCUUCGGCGUCAUGAUCGCGCCCGUCUACAUCGCCGAGAUCUCCCCCGCCGCGUCCCGGGGCUCCUUCACCUCCUUCCCGGAGAUCUUCAUCAACCUCGGCAUCCUCCUCGGCUACAUCUCCAACUACGUCUUCUCGGGCCUGCCCGACCACCUCGGCUGGCGCGUCAUGCUCGCCGUCGGCAUCGUCCCGUCGGUGUCCAUCGUCUUCGCGCUCCUCGUCAUCCCGGAGUCGCCCAGGUGGCUGGUGGUGCAGGGCAGGGCCGCCGAGGCGCGUGACGUGCUUCUCAGGGUCACCGACGGCGAGGAGGAGGCCGACGAGAGGCUCGCGGAGAUCGAGGCGGCCGCGGCCAGCGCGGCGAGCUCCGGCGAGACGGUGUGGCGGGAGCUGUCGAGGCCCUCGCCCACGAUCCGCCGGAUGCUGGUCACCGGGCUGGGCAUCCAGUGUUUCCAGCAGAUCACCGGCAUCGACGCGCUGGUGUACUACAGCCCCACCAUCUUCAGGGACGCCGGGGUGACCACCGAGAGCCAGCUCCUCCUCGCCACGGUGGCCGUCGGGUUCUUCAAGACGGCGUUCAUCGCGCUGGCCAUCGUGCUCAUCGACCGCGUCGGCCGGAAGCCGCUGCUGUACGUGAGCACGGUCGGCAUGACCACCUGCCUGGUCGUCCUCGCGGCGACGCUCUGGCUGCUCGCGCACGGGGCGGUGCCCAAGGCCCUCGGCGUCGCCGUGGCCGUCCUGGCGGUGUGCGGCGACGUGGCCUUCUUCUCGGUGGGGAUCGGGCCGGUGUGCUGGGUGACGAGCUCGGAGAUCUUCCCGCUGCGGCUGCGGUCGCAGGCGGCGGCGCUCGGCGCGGCGGUGAACCGGGUGACCAGCGGCACGGUGGCCAUGUCGUUCCUGUCCGUCUCCCGCGGCAUGACCGUCGCCGGCGCGUUCUCGGCGUUCGCGGCCAUCUCGGCGCUGUCCGUCGUGUUCGUGCACAGGUUCGUUCCGGAGACGAAAGGCAAGACGCUUGAAGAGAUCGAGCUGCUCUUCGGCGGCGGUGAGGGGGAGAGUGCGAGUCCAGGGGAGGUGGAGCUCGGUGACUCGGAGCACCUGGUGCGGAAGGGAUGAGAUGGUCACCGUGGUGGUCUCUCGGACUCUCUCAGUUCUCUGAUGGUUCAGUUUGGAGCUGUCCCAUCUGAAUGUUUAGUUUCAGAAUGUGCAUUUGAUUCAUUUGUUUAUUUGGUCAUUUAGGACAGAAAUUAUACACAGCAACAGCCUCGCGUCUUCAAAUUUUUUAUUUUUUUUACUUUCAGAACACAAACGAGAAUAGCGGUUAGGGCAGGAAUGAGAUGCUCAAUGUAGUAGUGGUGUCGUAUAUCACAAGAGAUGAGGCAGCAAUAUGAUGA